AUGCACAUCAAGGCUAUGCUCGACGAGACCCGGAGGACGGGUGAGCCCUCCUUCUCAUUCGAGUACUUCCCCCCGAAGACCGCCCAGGGUGUUCAGAACUUGUACGAUCGUAUGGAGCGCAUGUACCACUUUGGCCCCAAGUUCAUCGACAUCACAUGGGGUGCCGGCGGCCGCAUCGCUGAGCUGACCUGCGAGAUGGUCCUUCAGGCCCAAUCUAUCUACGGCCUCGAGACUUGCAUGCACCUGACAUGUACGGACAUGGGCCUGGAGAAGGUCAAUGACGCUCUGCGCAAGGCUUACAAGGCUGGCUGCACCAACAUCCUGGCCCUCCGUGGCGAUCCCCCAAGAGAACAUGAGAAGUGGGAGGCUACCGACGACGGUUUCCGCUACGCAAAGGAUCUCGUGAAGCACAUCCGGGCCACCUAUCAUGAUCAUUUCGACAUCGGCGUUGCUGGCUACCCUGAGGGCUGCGACGACAACAAAGACGAGGAGCAGCUGCUGGACCACUUGAAGGAGAAGGUCGACAUGGGCGCCAGCUUUAUUGUCACCCAGAUGUUCUACGACGCCGACAACUUCAUCCGAUGGGUUGGAAAGGUGCGCGAACGCGGCAUCACCAUUCCCAUCAUCCCUGGCAUCAUGCCGAUUGCCACCUACGCCAGUUUCCUUCGCCGCGCCAAGCACAUGAACUGCCGGGUUCCUGACGACUGGAUGGCGGCUUUGGAGCCUGUCAAGAACGACGAUGUGGCUGUACGUGAGAUUGGUAAAGGCCUCGUGGCAGACAUGUGCCGGAAGAUUAUUGCCGCGGGUAUUCAUCACUUGCACUUUUACACCAUGAACCUUGCACAGGCCACGAGAAUGGUGCUUGAAGAGCUUGACUACAUGCCCUCUUCUGAACGCCCUCUGAAGCACGCUCUCCCCUGGAAGCAGUCGCUAGGUCUCGGCCGUAGGGAGGAGGACGUGCGGCCCAUUUUCUGGAAGGGCCGCAAUAAGUCCUAUGUGCUGCGCACGCAGGACUGGGACGAGUUCCCCAACGGUCGCUGGGGUGACUCUCGCUCGCCUGCCUUCGGUGAGCUGGAUGCCUAUGGCAUCGGACUGACAGGUACCAAUGAGCAGAACCGCAAGAAGUGGGGCGAGCCCAAGUCAAUCAAGGACGUUGCCAACAUCUUCGUCCGCUACCUCGAAACCGAAAUUGACAAUCUCCCUUGGAGUGAGGCUCCUCUGACCAGCGAAGCCGACGGUAUUAGGGAGGAGCUCAUUGGCCUCAAUAAGCGUGGCUUACUCACAAUCAACUCGCAGCCUGCAGUCGACGGCGUGAAGUCAUCUCACCCGGUUCACGGCUGGGGUCCGCCGAACGGUUACGUCUACCAAAAGGCUUACCUUGAACUCCUGGUUCACCCCGACUUGUUCCCGGAGAUCGUCGCUCGCAUUGAGAAGAACCCCGACAUGACGUAUUACGCCACUACCAAGAACGGUGCUCUCACAUACAACGCGUCUAGCGACAGCCCCAACGCUGUCACCUGGGGUGUGUUCCCAGGCAAGGAGAUUGUGCAACCAACCAUCGUCGAGGGCAUCAGCUUCAUGGCAUGGAAGGACGAGGCCUUCCGUCUUGGCACCGACUGGGCUCGCUGCUUUGAGGCCGGAACUCCCAGCAGAGUACUGAUCGAUCGUAUCAUGAACGAAUGGUACCUGAUCAACAUCGUCAACAACGACUUCCACCAGAAGACUGCCCUUUUCGACUUGCUGGAUGGUCUUUCCGUCCAGGAAUACACCGAUAUCCCUUCUGAACCCAAGGCGAAUGGGGAGACGGAACUGCAAAACGGCACCACAGGUGCUGCUGUCACCGCUUAG